AUGGCGCUGAGCAGAAACUUCCGGACGACGUACUACAAGACGCUAGGUGUGCCAGUCGUGCAGCAUAUUGUCGAUGUGGAGGCCUCCUUUGCGGCAAUUCUCAGUGAAAGAGCCGUGAAUGUGCCACAGCUACUAAAAGUGGCGCUGGAAUUGGGUAUCGCACCGCCGUAUCGAGCAAGGAGUUGGCUGCUACUGGCGGGGAUACUGCCACCCUAUCCAGGGCUAUGGAGCUUCGUUCUCAUGGAGCGCCGCGCAAUGUUCGAAGACGUUGUAGAGGCGGCACAGGUACUUCAUGAAAAAGAUGUGAUGGGGAGCGACGAGGGAAACGGAGUAUACUAUAACUUCACGGAGCUUUUGGAAGAGAUGGACGAUGUACAGAACGAGGAGUUGUCGUCGGUGCUGAAUCGAAAGAGACUAGUGCACUUGCAUCGCAUAUAUUGGGGAGAAUUUGCGAUGUGUGAAGCGCCCCUCUUGCGUGGGAUGGAUGAUGCAAAUUACUUGCUUGGUGUCGCCCGAGCGGUGUGUGACGUGUUGACAGACGAAGCGGAACGAUUUUGGGUCUUCACGAGGUUGUUGGAAUUGUUCAAUGAUGGACUCGAAUCUGUUGAUCCUAUGGUGCCCCUUAGCACGCUACAUGAUGCGCAACUUGCUGACUUCGAAGUAGUGUUUCUUCGUACGCUCGAUGUGAAGCGGAGGCGCCAGGCUGCAGACGGAUCGACUUCUAGUCUGCAUAUGCGUAAGAGUGGACAUGAUUAG